UGUUUGGUGUAAUAUGAUUUCCGUAUGCAACUAAAAUCCCCCCAAAUUGCUCAUUUAUAUGUACAAAAUCCACAUGUAAAGUCAUCAGUACGAAAUCACAACUGUAAUCACCGUAAGAAGAGAAUCAAUUUCUCGUGAAAAACCUAAUUUCUGCGUUGGAUCUGAUUCUCAUAUCUUCAUCACCGAUGUAGAAAACAUUUGUUCUUUCAGGCAUAAAAAAAACAUAGUGAUUGAGGGAUGAAGCCAUGGUUUGGGAGCCCAGGGGUGACUAGCGGCCUUAUGUUGAGGAUUUUACAGUGUUUAUUUGCUUCUGCUUCUAUUGCUACUAUGGCUUUUUCUACUGGUUUUUCUACCGCCACUUCUUUCUGCUUUCUAAUUUCAGCUAUGGGACUACAAGUUUUAUGGAGUUUUGGGCUUGCAUGUCUUGAUAUUCAUGCUCUAAGAGUAAAGAAAGAUCUGCAGACUCCAAUCUUAUUAAGCCUUGUUGUCGUCGGUGACUGGGUGACUGCUCUUCUAGCACUUGCAGCUGCAUCCUCGUCGGCUGGAGUGAUGGUUCUGUAUGCAAGAGACGCGGAUAUAUGCAAGUUAGACCCUAAACUUUCGUGUCACUUGUUCCAGAUUUCUAUAGCUUUCGCUUUCUUUGCAUGGUUUUUGGUUGUUAUCUCUUCUCACACAAUUCUUUGGUUGUUGGCCUCACUUUCAUGAGUUACAUUGGCUGCAAAUAUAGUGGCUUUUUACAAUGAACUCUCUUUUUUGGGUUCGAUUUCUUUGCCUUUUUUUUUGUUUUUUUUUAUUCGCCUUUAUACAAUGAAGGGUUAGUUACAGUUAAA